GGGCAUAAGCAAGGAUCUCACUCCACUCUGCCUCUCUUAACCCUCAGCUUCUGUCGCUGGCAAAGAUGGCUCAUCUCCCAACACUGUUCAAGUAUGUGGACGAACACCAGGAUCUGUACGUAAAGCGCCUCGCAGACUGGGUGGAGGUCCAGAGUGUGUCUGCUUGGCCAGAGAAGCGCGGGGAGAUCAAGAAGAUGAUGGAGAUGGCAGCCAAAGACAUCGAGAGGCUGGGGGGGACGGUGGAGAUGGUGGAUAUCGGCAAACAGGAGCUCCCCUCUGGAGAGGAGAUCCCCCUCCCUCCUAUCAUCCUGGGUCAUUUGGGGUCCGACCCGGGCAAGAAGACGGUGUGUAUCUAUGGCCACCUCGAUGUCCAGCCAGCCAGCAUUGAUGACGGCUGGGAUACAGAGCCUUUCACCCUGGUUGAGAAAGAUGGUAAACUCUAUGGAAGAGGCUCCACUGAUGACAAAGGUCCGGUGUUGGCCUGGUUCAACUGCAUUGAGGCUUACCAGAAGCUCCAGCUGGAGCUUCCCAUCAACAUCAAAUUCUGCUUUGAGGGGAUGGAGGAGUCUGGAUCUGAGGGUCUGGAUGAACUGGUGUUUGCUCGUAAAGACACCUUCCUGAAAGACGUGGACUAUGUCUGCAUCUCUGACAAUUACUGGCUGGGCAAGACCAAACCCUGCAUCACCUAUGGCCUGAGAGGAAUCUGCUACUUCUUCAUUGAGGUGGCGUGUGGUGACAAAGACCUUCACUCAGGGGUGUUCGGCGGCUCCGUUCAUGAAGCCAUGACUGACCUUAUAGCGCUCAUGGGCUCUCUGGUCGACAAAAAGGGGAAAAUUCUGGUUCCUGGCAUGAAUGACGAUGUGGCCCCCCUCACAGAGGAGGAAAGAAAUCUGUAUGAGAAAAUUGAGUUUGACUUGGAUGAAUACUGCAAAGAUGUUGGAGUUGGAAAGCUGCUGCAUGACACCAAGGAGAAAAUACUGAUGCAUCGCUGGAGAUACCCGUCUCUUUCCCUUCAUGGUAUUGAGGGAGCUUUCUCUGAAGCAGGGGCCAAGACGGUCAUUCCUCGCAAGGUCAUUGGCAAGUUCUCCAUCCGCCUCGUCCCCGACAUGGACCCCAAAGUUGUGGAGAAGCAGGUUAUUGGCCACCUGGAGAAGAACUUUUCUGAACUUGGAAGCCCCAACAAACUGAAAGUGUACAUGGGCCACGGAGCCAAGGCCUGGGUCUCUGACUUCAACCACCCACACUACAUGGCUGGCCGAAAAGCCAUGAAGACAGUCUUUGGUGUGGAGCCCGACCUGACUCGUGAAGGUGGAAGCAUCCCCGUCACCCUGACCUUCCAGGAGGCCACAGGACGUAACGUCAUGCUGCUCCCUGUGGGAUCCUCUGAUGAUGGAGCUCACUCCCAGAAUGAAAAGCUCAACAGGACCAACUACAUUCAGGGAAUCAAGAUGCUGGGUGCAUACUUCCAUGAGGUGUCCCAGCUUGAAUGAAGAGCUGCAUCAUUAUGAAAAAUGUAAAAUAUGUUCAUUCUCACUCUAAGAGCCAUAAGCUUUGUGGUAUGAUUUACCUUCCAUAGUUAAAAGUUUUAUAUUCACUGCCUCCUGAUAAUAAAAUAUUUUUCUUUGUUA